UCUUCGUUUGCGCAUUUGUAAACAGAACCUCGCUCAGAACGGAAGCAUUCCAGUUGCGAAUGAGUGAUUUAUCCUGUCCGAAUAGUUGAUUUUACUGUUCUGUAUAAUAGUGUAGAUUAGUAACAGUGCAUUUAUUUCGCGCGAUAUUUUGUGAUAAAGAUCAAAGCUACAAUGCCAACCUGGAAUCAAAUGCAAGCUCAGUUGCGGCAUCCUAACAAUCCGGUGGUAUUUAUGGAUAUCACUGUUGGAACUUCGGAAAUCGGUCGUAUGGUGUUUGAGCUAUUUGCUGAUGUAGUGCCGAAGACAUGUGAAAAUUUCCGUCAGUUUUGCACCGGCGAGUACAAAAAGGAUGGAGUGCCGGUUGGUUAUAAAGGCUCUAGUUUUCAUCGUGUAAUCAAAGACUUUAUGAUUCAGGGUGGAGAUUUUGUGAAUGGUGAUGGAACUGGUGUCAUGAGUAUUUACGGUAAUAAUACUUUUCCGGAUGAAGGUUUCUUACUAAAACAUGAGGCUCCUGGGUUAUUAUCGAUGGCCAACAGUGGAAAAGACACCAACGGCUGUCAGUUUUUCAUCACCUGUGCAAAGUGUAACUUUCUCGACUACAAACACGUAGUUUUCGGUCGAGUACUGGACGGUUUAUUGAUUAUGCGAAAGAUUGAAAACGUUCCAACAGGCCCCAAUAACAAACCGAAACUGCCCGUGGUUAUUUCACAGUGCGGUCAAAUGUAAAACAGACGAAUGGCUCGAGUCAGGCAGAAGUUUUCGGUAAAAAAAUUAUCAUAAGUACCUAGGACUAUAUCAAUUGUUAAGAUAGCACGGCACAGCGGUUAAUUCCGUACUGCUUUGUAGAAUAGAAACAAAAACAAGUCUACGCGAAAAUAAUAUAGUAGCAGCCGCAAAAUAGAAAA